AUGCGCAAGUGCAAACUUUAUGAGAUAGGCAAAACAAAGAGCAGAGCACGUACUCUGAUCCAAAAAGACACCAAUUUCGGCAAAGUUUCAGACCCAGGAGAUCAGGUUUAUUUCUCGCAAGAGCGACAGCUCGGGAAAGCGUCUCUCCCCCGGCCUGCAGCGCACGCCUCCCAGCCUCCCUCCCUCCUCGGCAGCAUCUCUCGGGCAUUCCCGGAGACACCGACCCCCCGGGGCCGGGGCGGGGAUGCGGCACCCGCGGCUCGGCCCCUUUUCCGGACCGCGGCGCCGUUGUCAGGCAACGGCCGCACAACAAGCGGCCCCGCCGGAGGGACGAGCCGAGCCGGGCCGGACCGGGCCGGGCCGAGCCCCGCCGCCUCCGCAGGGACAUCCAGACCCGUCACUGCGCCCCGGGUGCGCCCCCGCCCCGUCCCGCCCCGGAGCCCGUCCUGCUGCCCGGCGGACCCCCCUCGGUCCCGCCACCGCCCCGACUUAGUGCGGCCCCUGCGAACUGCCCGGCGGGACCGCGGGGGAGGGUCCCCGGGUGCCGCCGCGACCCCGCCGCCCGCUCACCGGUGCCGGCAGCCCCGACUCCGUCCGCGCCCCUCGGUUACCACCGCCCCGGAACCCGGCGGGCGGCGCCGCGCAGCGCCCCCCCCUGCCCCGGAGGGCGGCGCGACCCGGCCGCCACCGCCUCCUCCCACCGGGCGGGGAAAGGGAGCGCCGUGGGAGGUGAAACCUCCUGUGCAUCAGUUUCUGCCCGUCUCCUCUUAUCCUAUGGUUGGCACCACCGAGAAGAGCCUGACUCCAUCCUCUUGA